UACAGUGAGGGAUUCGUACAUUCACCUAUAUGACCGGUUUUACGGUCAUUACCGCCUAUCUCACUUCCGGCUUCAGAUUACCGGAAGUACACCAAAAUUAAACUCACGGGACGCUGAUUCCCAUCUUCACAGGCAGCCAAAACAUCGCUUCUGUAGAGUUUUUAAGCUCUCUCAGCGGGAUGUCUUUCCCCUCAGCUUUUGGUACGCAGGUGGCCGCCAUCAUGGAUGUUCUGGCCAAAGCUGCGGUGGCAGAAAUAACGAUGCUGGUGGAAGAGGGCAGUGUGGCUCUGCGCCUGGAGGUGAGCAGGAGGGACAGUGAGAUCCAGGAGCUGCGGAGCAGUAUGAAGAGGAUGGAGACUGAGCUCCAGAAGGCUCAGGAAGCUGCUGCAAGGCGAGGUACGGCCGAGAAACAGGUGCAGACCGCUCCAGCAGGGGGUCAGGAGUCGUGGAGAGAUAAAAAGAAACAUCAUGAAAUAAACAGGGAAUAUACUGAGCUAACCACUGCUGAUUCACUCUGUGAGGCUCACAUCCGUCCAGCUGUGAAACGAGAGCCAGAAGGUGAAUUUCACUUCGGUGAAACAUCCGAGCAUGCAGUGACAGAUGCAGCAAAUCGAGGUGACCCCAUCUGGUCUGCUUGUGAUAAAAAGAAACAUCAUGAAAUAAACAGGGAAUAUACUGAGCUAACCACUGCUGAUUCACUCUGUGAGGCUCACAUCCGUCCAGCUGUGAAACGAGAGCCAGAAGGUGAAUUUCACUUCGGUGAAACAUCCGAGCAUGCAGUGACAGAUGCAGCAAAUCGAGGUGACCCCAUCUGGUCUGCUUGUGAUAAAAAGAAACAUCAUGAAAUAAACAGGGAAUAUACUGAGCUAACCACUGCUGAUUCACUCUGUGAGGCUCACAUCAGUCCAGCUGUGAAACGAGAGCCAGAAGGUGAAUUUCACCUCGGUGAAACAUCCGAGCAUGCAGUGACAGAUGCAGCAAAUCGAGGUGACCCCAUCUGGUCUGCUUGUGGUGUGUUUGAGAAAAACUCUGCCGCGAUUGCGCAGCAAUCACAGAUUUUUCCAUCUACUGUCGAGGAGUACUCUUAUUCCAGAGACAUGCAGAGCUCAUAUUCAUCUUCGGGAACGGAAGGAGCAGGUGUCUGCUUUUCUGUGCCAGUGAAAGCGGAGAUCUCUGUGCAUCCCGAGUUGGUUUAUAAAGACCAUUUGCAUCCUGGUGCCGUUCAAGAUGGUUGCAUGGAGUCUGCAGGGCCAUUACCAGCUUUGCGUCAUGCACAGGCAUCCACAGCGGGAGCAUCCGGAUCAAAUGUGGAGAAUUUCAGCAGCAAAAUUAACUGCAGAUCAAAAAGAUUUAUGACUGUGUGGCGAGCAAAUCAGAGUGUUUACAUCUGCUCAAUGUGCAACAAGAGUUUCCUCCGCUUGUCUCUGCUGGAGGAGCACAAGAGCACCCACCACCCCUCCAAACCUUUCAGGUGCCUCGAAUGCGGGAAGUCUUUCACCCAGAAGACCCGACUCAAGACGCACCAGUGGGUUCACACAGGAGAGAGGCCGUUCAGCUGCAGCAUCUGCGGCAAGAAGUUUUCCAGGCAGGACAACUGCCUGAGACACGAGCGGUUCCACAGUUGACUGAAGCCGUUCAGCUGCGGGCUGCUGGGGAACCUCAAAAUCCAUCAGGUGAUCCACCUGCGAGGAAGGUAGCGCUCAGGUCAUUCCACUUUCAGCAGUUCAGGUUUGAACCUUUGCAUCAAAUCUUGAUGCUGAGGAAAAAUGUCACUGUUGUAUUUAUUAAUUUUAAUAAUCCACUACAAUACUGGAAUGAGAUUCAGACUAAGGCAUGGACAAUAUUUCUGCUUAAGGAACAGGUUUAGAUGUUGAUCAAAAUGCUGAUAUUUAUUUUGGAUAAAAGUGAUGUUUUUAAGCUUGUCUUGUGUUUAAAGCCAAUCCAGUAAAUGUAUAACUUUGUUUUUCUGGAUGUCGCCCAUUAAUGACUUCAAAUUUACACUGAUGUCAUUAAAAGCAUUUGUGCUUCGUA